CCAGGUUUCGGCAGAGAACUCGCUCUUGUGUCUGCACUCUCCUCUCGCGCUAAUUGCAGAUCGUAGAGGGUCCACAUUUACGCCCCGCUUAUCUCAGGACCGUAAUUCCAGGACCGCGGCGGCCCACGGGCCGCCCGCGUAGAUGGGAGCCGAGAGGAGAUAAGAUGGCGGCCCAGCUACGCAGAAACCAGGGGCGGCGAGGGGCGAGUUCUCUUCGCUCGCAAAGGAUCUCCUUCAUCCCUCUCCAGAAGAGGAAAAGAGGAAACACAAGAAAAAGCGCCUGGUGCAGAGCCCCAAUUCCUACUUUAUGGACGUGAAAUGCCCAGGAUGCUAUAAGAUCACCACGGUCUUUAGCCAUGCACAAACGGUAGUCUUGUGUGUUGGCUGCUCCACUGUCCUUUGUCAGCCCACAGGCGGAAAAGCAAGGCUGACAGAAGGAUGCUCCUUCAGGAGGAAGCAGCACUGAAAAGCACCUGAUUCAAGAUGAGUGGGAACCAUCCCAAUAAACACAUUUUGGAUAUAUA